UAAGGACGGAGAACGAGCGCCUAUCGCGUCCGCAAACUGAUAUGCAAAGUGCCCUGACACCCUUUUUGAUGCCGGGAUAGCCAAGGGCCAGCCUGCCCGUUGUCAAGUCCCAUUUCAUUGUCUCGACGUGGUUCCAAGUAGUGAGGCAGCAUGUCCUGCCCAAAAACAAGGAACGUCGUCACUGCCGAGGCGGCAAACUAUGUUUGGGAAAACUCCGUUUCUCUGCACCCUGCGCAGUGGAAGCUGAUCAAGGAAACACUCAAGUUGCCGAAGAAGAUUAUGAUGGGCGAUCCGUCUCAACUCCAACUCAUCCAACUUCUCCUCAAGGCAACGGGAGCCAAGAAGUAUCUGGAUAUCGGAGUGUUCACAGGGUGCAGUGUCCUGGCAGCUGCGCUAGCGCUACCCCCGGAUGGCAAAGUGGUGGGCCUCGAUGACUGCAAGGAGUACGUGGACAUCGGGAGGCCCUUCUGGAAGGAGGCUGGUGUUGAACACAAGAUUGACAUUCGCAUAGGCAAUGCCUUGGAGAUCUUGGAUUGCGCCAUCGCUGAUGGGCAGGCGAACACCUUCGACUUUGUCUUCAUCGACGCCGACAAAAAGGGCUACGACGACUACUACGAGCGUUGCCUGCAGCUUGUUAGGCGAAACGGCUUGAUUGCUUUCGACAACGUGCUGUGGGACGGCAAGGUCUACGACGCCGGAGACAAGAGCCCCGACACCGUGGCCAUUCGGAGGAUGAACGAAAAGCUUAAGAAGGACACCCGUGUCGACAUCAGCAUGUUGACCGUCGGGGAUGGCCUUACUCUGGCCCUAAGGAAGUAAACAGCGACAUCCGCCGUACACUCUAAGCAACGCCUGCACGUCUACUUAUCCGCAAAACACUCGAAGAGGCAAUCUCUGCGAUCUACGAAAUCAGCUCAGCGAAUGAUGAGGCGGAACAUUCGUUUAGACCUAAAAAUGAAGUCUGCGCUGUGUCAUAUUACGCCAUGCAAAGCGUCAUGCUUGCAUUGGACAAUGCCACAGCGCACCUAGCAGAAAACUGGGUUGGAGGAUUCUGAGAGUAAAAAAAUGUUCGCACUCGAAAGGAGAUAAAAGAAACGCUUUUGAACGAGCUUGGGAGCGAACGUUAAAAGGGUACAGAAAGGAAAAUAAAAAUAUAGGGAAACUUUUCCGAAA